AUGCACUACUUCCAGGAGUCGUCUGAUUGCAGGGCCAUGUUUGAUAUCCUUUCCAGCCACAUUGAUGAAUCCGCAAUGUUUAUAAAGGGCCCCAUGGGCAUGGAUAGUCUUGAAUUCAUAACUGGAGUCCGUGUAGAUUGUGACCCGUUGACCUACGGACAACUCCAGUGCCCGUGUCAGGGCCACAACGCGCCCAGUCCCGUCUGCCCCCCCCCCCCGGGGCUCCAUGGCAUCUACGGCGAGUGCCGGCGGCUGUACCCAGAACAGCCCAACCCCUUGCAGGUCACCGCCAUCCUCAAGUACUGGUUAGGUGGACCUGAUCCUCUGGACUACGUCAGUAUGUACAGGAACUUGGGGAGUCCAGCCCUAGAUGUUCCUGAACACUGGCACUAUGUGAGCUUUGGAUUAAGUGAUUUGUAUGGCGACAACAGAGUACACGAGUUUACUGGGCCAGAUGGGCCAAGUGGUUUUGGAUUUGAACUUACAUUUCGACUUAAGCGUGAAACAGGGGAAUCUGCACCACCUACGUGGCCAGCAGAGUUAAUGCAAGGCUUAGCUAGAUAUGUCUUCCAAUCAGAAAAUACAUUUUGUAGUGGUGAUCAUGUAUCAUGGCACAGUCCACUGGACAACAGUGAAUCCAGGAUCCAGCAUAUGCUGCUGACUGAAGAUCCACAAAUGCAGCCAGUUCAGACACCAUUUGGGGUUGUUACUUUCCUCCAGAUUGUUGGGGUCUGCACAGAAGAACUUCAUGCAGCACAGCAAUGGAAUGGACAGGGUAUAUUAGAGCUGCUUCGGACUGUUCCUGUAGCAGGAGGCCCAUGGUUAAUAACGGACAUGCGGCGUGGAGAGACCAUAUUUGAAAUUGAUCCACACUUGCAAGACAGAGUUGAUAAAGGGAUUGAGACAGACGGUUCAAACUUGAGUGGUGUCAGUGCUAAAUGUGCCUGGGAUGACCUUAGCCGACCUCCAGAGGAUGAUGAAGAUAGUAGAAGUAUCUGUAUUGGCACACAUCCCCGACGACUGUCUGGGAAAGAUACAGAACAAAUCAGGGAGACUCUGCGAAGGGGUCUUGAGAUUAACAGCAAGCCUGUUCUGCCACCAAUUAAUACUCAGAGACAGAAUGGUCUGAACAAUGAUAGAGCACCGAGUCGCAAGGACAGUUUAGAAAGUGAGAGCUCAGCAACAAUUAUUCCUCAUGAGUUGAUUCGUACAAGGCAGCUUGAGAGUGUACACCUGAAAUUCAACCAGGAAUCAGGAGCGUUAAUUCCACUGUGUUUAAGGGGCAGACUGUUGCAUGGACGGCACUUUACAUACAAAAGUAUUACAGGGGAUACGGCAAUUACUUUUGUAUCAACGGGAGUUGAAGGGGCCUUUGCUACAGAAGAACAUCCUUAUGCAGCACAUGGACCAUGGCUACAAAUCCUGCUGACUGAAGAAUUUGUGGAAAGAAUGCUAGAAGACCUAGAAGAUCUGAAUUCUCCAGAGGAAUUCAAACUUCCAAAGGAGUAUAGUUGGCCUGAAAAGAAACUGAAAGUCUCCAUCUUACCUGAUGCUGUAUUUGACAACCCACUCCAUUAAAGAUGACUGACGCCCACAAGCAACAGCUUACUGUAUGCUGCCCAGUGACUCAUGGGAUAAUUAAAGCAGUGAAAGCUCUUCCUACAAAUAAGAGGAUGUUGCUCCAUAACCACUGCAAACAGAGGAGGAGUUACUCAAUAGCAGAGUCCAGCCAGAACUGAAUCCUGGUAUAUGGCUUUCUCCUUUUCAUCAUGACUGAACUCUGAACACCCUGCAUACAAAUGCGUAUAUAAGAGUGAGAGAAGUAUUUAACUAUGAAUAAUAGUGAUAAGAAUUCUUUCCCUCUUUUAGCUGGCUCCAGAUCUCCCUGCUGCCUUAGCUCAGGAUUUAUGCCCCUCGUCUACCUUUAGCCACACAUUUUUCUGGUGUCCAGUGGUUUAGAUGUAUGUUCCACAACUCAGAAACCAUUUUUAUCUAGGUAUCUCCUAAACAGAAUUCUUUAUUCAUUGAGAAUUCUUAUUGCUCCACAAAGGAUAUGGCAUUUCACCACAUGCAUGUGAACUGAAGAAAUACUGCGGUGAAACUUGGUAUGCUUUAAACUGAGAGAAACAGUCUGUGCUGUUAUGUCUCAGGCUUUAUCUGCCGCAUUAGUGCAAACAAAGGCAGUUGCGUUCUGUGCUAAUGCUUAAAUAUGUGAAUUCUGGAGAAGUGAUGUUCUCUGCAUUAGACUAAAUUGGAGGAGAUGGAAUGUUUUUCUACUUUUUAAAGUGCCAAAUUGUCAUCAAACAUUUCUCUUGAUAGAUUUGGCCCUCCUCCUGCUUCCUGGUUUUCAGCUUGUUUCACUUUUCUUGAUGAUGUUGGUUAAUAUGCUGUGAUGUCAUAGAGGUGCUUGCCAACUUGACCCAGGUAACUGAGUGCUUAAAGGGUAUUUUAGCGCUGACCUGAGGCCUUUGAGCAUCUUGCUUGAAAUUAGCAUACCUCUGUUCACUUUGCGUAGAGAAGAUAACUCAUGGCUCAGAUGUUGGGAGCCUUCUUAGAGAAGAAUGCCCUGCUGUGCAAAAUUGUGCAUAUUUACUGGAAAGCAUUUUCAGCUGCCUUUGUUGGUGCUUACUCUUAGAUGCAUGUGCAAGGGAUCCAUAACAUUAAGCCCAUCUCUCAAUUGGCCAUGGGCAAAGAGUCCCAAAAAGUUCUCUUUACCAAUAAAGUAAAAAUUAAAAAUGUUGAGUUCCCCCCCCCCCGCACUCUUGAACCAUGGCAGAAAGCCAGAAAGUGUCCAUACAUAAUGGGUAGAUGGCUUGUCAGACUCAUGUGCAGUCUUGGUGCAGGCAUUUAUUGUGAUACUACUUCCUGUCUGAAAUUUGUUAUAAAGUUCCACCAAACUUUUCAGUCUCAUUGCAAAGAAAUAACAAAUGAUCCAUUAAUGAAAAGAUCCCUGGGAGACUAUUGCUUCACCACCUCUGAAAAUGUAAAGCUUUCCACAGAGCACGUAUUUGUGCUGAAGUUGUAGUGUUUUAUUUUUAAUUCACAUAUUUGGGGAGACAUACGUUUUAUUUUAAUGAUUCAGACUGUUCUCAAAUGUACAUGCAAACACAAAUUAUAAUUUUCAGAGUUACUGCCUGGUUUUGGGACUGCUAGUCUCUGAAAUACAGACCUUGCCAUUGUGCCUAUAGACAACUGAACUUCCUAGAGACAAAAGAACCACCUCCUUAACUCCCUAUCCUAACCCUGCAGAAAAAAACCAAAAAAGACAGCAAGGACAGGAGUAUAUCCAAACAAAGGAUUAAUUUUGGGAAAGAAAAUACAGUGAUUAUUUUCUUUUCUUAAAAGCCUCAUGGAAAUUGACUAUCAUUCCAAAUAGCUUGUUCACUUGGCAAGCUGGUUUUGUUUUCUGUAGGAAUUUUGUCGAGAGGGGAGCAGUGCAAAAAAAAUUUCUGUGCUGGCUUUCUUGGUUGAAAGCUAUGAGUCAAAAUGGCCGCUUUGCUGACUUUUCUUUUAAAAACUGUGGGCCUGUUCCCAACCACAUGUUUAGUUGUCCUACUCUGAAGCUAACAACCUGGGGGAAGAGUUGCAUUGGCAAAAAUAAGUUUUUUUGUUUUUAACUUAUAGAAAAACCUCCUUAAAGAGAAUUAGCAUCCAUUCUCCUGUGAGGAACUAUGUGGUUGACAGAUGAUAAUUUUGAAACAGACAAAUGGCCUUUGAGCAUUAUGUAGUUUCGAAGGGACUGUUACAUUGUCCAUAGGUUCCCUUGGGAAAUACUAGGACCUUAGCUUUUUAGUUAAAAUAAAGCAAACUUUGGGAUGGGAUGAUACACUAGUAUGUUUGAUAGAUACAUAGAAUGAAGGGCUGGAUGUCACUGUUUUAGAUUGUUAUGCUUUGGAAGCUGAUGAGGCUGUCAUGCUGUAUUGAUCCCAAUUCAAAGUCUAAGUUAAUGCAAGCAGAAUUAAUUAGGGAUGGAGUGUUGCAGUGUUCAAGCAGGCCAAGCAAAGUGUCAUAGUAGAAUCUCACAGAGACACUUUUUUUAAAAAAACCAAACCUUUAGCCUUCACUUGUAAUGCUGUCACUUGCAUGUUAUUGCCAGGGAUCUUACACAUUGUCUGCACAGAGGAGUCUCUUUGACCUAGCUUUUACAAGCAGCAGCUAAAGUAAAUCUCUUCUUGACUGUACCACUUGGAACUGCAUUCUCAAAUAAUUGCAUGCUCCUCUCUACCACCCCCCAAACCUCUGAUAUACAAAACUGUUGUGUCAAGGAGAAACUUGGGCAAGAAUCCUGCUCCCUGACAACUGUCUGCCUACAUGCGGGAGGAAUAUUCAGUUGUGUAAUCUCAUGGAGUUGUUUCCAAAGACAAGACAACCAGAACUUGGGAAUCUGUGCAGCUGCUUGAAAAUCUUGGAAAUCUUGUGCAACUGCUUUGACAGUCUCGGAAAUCUUGUGUUUGUGGUGGCUCUCUAGUGAGUCCUUGCAUAGCUACGUUCUCCCAUUCAUCCCUCUGCAUGGUUGACCCUUUCACCACUUCUCUCUGUUGAUAAAGACCUGAGAGGUUUUCUGUCCAAGGAAUGAAAUAUGUGACAUCUGAGGCCAGAUUCGUUGUUCUUCCCAAGGGAAAUACAUGGAAUACUACGUAAUACUAAACUUGACUACAGAAUUCUUGUGUAUUUCUUGAGAAGGGUCCUGUUAAUUUCAGCUCAUAAGUUUGCUACAAAAGUUGGGUGGAUUUUAUGCUCCACCAUAGCAUGUUUAAUCUCUAGUGCUGCAUGAGUAUUCCUUUGUGGAGGAAAAUAAUUGACCUUGCAGUAUCUUUAUUUAAACUUUAAAAACGAUUGUUUGGUAUGACUUGCAGAAAGAACAUUCCGAUUUCAUAUCUGCUAGAAACUACCCACAAAUUAUGUCUUGGCAAAUCAAAGGUAAAGUGCCCUGAUGCACGUUUGUUUAAUCAGUAACAGUUUAUGGCAGUUUUUGCUGGGAGCUCUUCUUGUUAGCUCCCCAGAAGACGUAAUAGAAUGGCCUGGGUCUCUCCAAUUGAUCGUGUAUCAGUAACUUUUCAUGGGCAAACACUUAGACACUGUGGAUAGUUGUGCUGGCCAUUUUUCCCCAAAAGUUGGGAGGAAGAGUUUGCUGAGCACUCUUGCUCUCCGCCUACUAGUCACUGAAGUGGUUUGCAAGGAAACGAACUCUGGCUGCUCUUCAGUUGGUUUGCACCUGCUGCUUAAUCUCUCCAGCACCUGGAGCUGUAAACACCCUUCCUGCCUCACUGCAACAAUUAUUAACUUUCAGUGCAGCUGUUGCACCAGGCAUGUGCCAGGACAGUAAAAAACUAGCCACUAAAGUAAAUGGUAACAAAAGGCUCAUUCUGAAGUGUUUGCUAAUCUAGUGUGAGUAUAAUAGUAAGAGAGUAUAAUAAGAAGGAGCAGCAAAAGUUUGUGUGAGAAUGCUGGUCAGAUGAAGUGCAAGAGAUAAGUAGAGAAACAGAAUCUUGUGGCUGGUGUUUGGCCCAAAGUGCUGUUGUGCUCAGGAGCUGGACUCCAGGAAAGUAACUGAGUUUUGUUGUUGUUGUUGUUGUUUUGCCAUACAAAGAGCUCCAGGCACAUUCCUCUGUAUCCAACUGUGGCACUGGAACUCCAGGAGAAUUUAGUUGUACAUCAGAACUAGAGUCCAUCUCAUAUGCUGUCUUCUCCAGUGGAUCAAACUUGAGACAAACAAGCUCCUUCAGUCUGAAGCAGAAAAGCCUCUUCAGAGGACUGAUACUUUGGUUGCCCAUGAGAUCACAUAGCUCUCUUCUCUUCCAGAGCACUUUUCAGCAGUCCCACCAACGUGGUUGAGGGUUUUUAAAAAAUCAAUUACCAUACAAUUGUUUAAUACCAUAAUCGUACAAAUAUUUUUUAAAGACUGCUAGAAAGAUAGUGGGAGGGACCAACCUAGCAAGAAAUGUGCGUUCCUAACAAAGGCAGGUACUUGUGUCAUUUGAAGAGCAACAGCACAAGCAAGCUGUUCUGUUUUUAUUUGUGGCCCUCUACACCCUCAGAUUACAUCCGUGUUUUGUUCUGAUACAUGAAUUUAAACCUAGUCUCUGUUCACUGAGUUGAUGUUCUACAUGUAUACUGUAAACCUCUGCAGCAUGUUUUGUGCUGCACCCCCAGCCACCCCACUCUGUUUUGUAGACCUGGAAUUGGAAGGCCUCUGUCUUGCACAUGAAAGCAUGGGCCUCACAUUUGCAGGGAUGCCAAUGACGUCCAGGGGUGCUGCAGGGAUUGCUUCACCUCUCCCACUCUAUUCUUUUAGCAACAGGAGGAAAGCUGUAAACUGCUUUAAAAAGCUCCUUUAUACAUGAUCCAUAAGCACAAAAGCACAGGAAGUAGGGUCAGGGGGCAAAUGUAUUUGCAGAAAUGUGUUUAAUGCCUUGUGACAAAAAAAUGUGUUAAUGUUUAACUUUGCUCUCCCCCAUUUACCACCAUUGUAUUUUAUAGAAAAAGUGAUAAUAGUUUUGUAUGUUGGCAAUCCUGCCUUACUGUGGUAUUUCCUUCCCCACCUUUACUUGUUCUGUCUAUUUCAAAUCCUGCUUUGGUGGGCAUCCAAAAUGUCAAAAAGAAAAUGAGCCUGUAGCAGACGCGAGUUCUAAAAGGAUCCCUAGGCUGACCUGUCUCUCCAGCAAUUAACCUAUGAGCCUUAUGCAUUUGCUGCUGCUUCGUUUCAGAUAUGAUUCUUUUUCUUCUUGAAUUGCUUACAGAGCAUAAAAUAAUAAUAAGUGAUGCAUUACCUUUGUAGUAUCGUUCCAGGGCUGUCAUAAAGGUGUGUCUUUCCUAUUUUCAGCCAGCUGGCUAAUAAGGAGGUUGAAAAAGUAUUUUGAAAAACCCUCUCCACCUCUGUACUUCAUGAGUCACUGCUGAAAUUUGAAGUGUCUGAUAGCCAAAUAACAUAAUUAUCAAUAACAGUAUGUGGGGUAAGUGGUUAAAGGGCUCCAUCAAAUGCCUUUUAAUUUCAGAAAAUUGAUUUUUUUAAAGCCCAAAUAUAGGAAUAUGCUUGCCAGUUGAUCUGGUUUUGUAAACACUUUCUUCUCUCCCUCCUCCCCAUUGUUGCCCUUGCUCUUUUCCUAGUGAAGGUGGAAAUCAACAUGUCUACUGUUGUCUUCCCUGAGGUGGUUGAUGGCAAAGGUCUGCAUCCAUCACUGCUGUUCUACGUAAUAUAGGGAAGAGGGAUGAUAGUAUAUGUUGUUAUAGCAUAGGCACUGCAGUAAGCAAGGAUGACCACUGCCAAACCUAGUUAACAUUUCAAGAAAAUACAGGAGUAUGCCUUACAGGGGCAGCUGGCUCAGGCUUAAGCAGCAUAUCCUUUAAAAGCUGGCCCUUCACCACUGAGUGAUGCUUGAUAAAGACUUCACCUAUCUUAGGGAAAGCAAAACCUUUUAAAGUGAUUAACAAGUGAGUUAAUUCAAAAGAUCCUGUGCUCUUACCAUUUGACGCCUCUAUUUCCUGGAGUGGCAAUUUAUAAUAUCAACAGAACCAAAAUGCCAUUAUGAAGAAGCACCUCAAAAUCAUGAGCCUCAUGGUCUACCCUUAAGCUCCUGUCCUGCGCUGGACCUGGGGGAGAGAGUAUAGCAAAUCCAAACAUUGCUGCAGCUAGAAAUGAUAAAUGAGAGUUUUAUAAAAGGAAUAAAUUGAUGUAGUGCCACACUUCAAGUGAAAGAAGAAUCACCAUUUUCUUGAAACAGUUUUAUCUCCAUAGGAACCAGCUCUGUUGGGGGGGGGGGGGAAUUAAUUGUUUUUUUACUGAGGGAUAGAGCUCUCUUGCUGGUUGUUACUACAAUUCUAUAUUUUGGAUGACUGUAGUGCUAGAGAACUUUGAAUGGAGUUGUUCUGUUGGGGGGGGCUAACCGUUAGACCUUUCUCAACUUUUAAUUCUGACUGCUGUGGCUGCUUGGAUAAGCCUCGGCUAAGGUGAACCUUUUUGUAGUUCAUCUCUGUGUAUGUGUGUUGUUGUCCCUUACAAAACCAUUAAGGACUCUGCAGAAGCCGGUCUGAAAAAGGCUUGCUGUGCCUGCAGUGAGAUUUUCAGUACUUUCUUAGUAUGCCUUUUUUUCUACCAAAAACAAUGGAAACCUAAACUAGGAGAGGUUUCAAAAAUAUUUUAUAUUAGUUUCUAAUGUAUAUUCUUACAGUGUCACAGUGCUGGUGUGUUCACCUGCACGAAGCUACUUUUUGUAAUAUUUUUGUGAAUCACUAAGCUUUCCCCUCCUCCUGUGUAUUCAAGGUGCAUUAAACUUGUUUGCAUAA